AUGCCCGGAACCGCAAGCACUCGUGCUGUGCAGAUGACUGCGAAGGCUGUGGGAGUCCAACUAAACUCCAAGUUCAUCAACACCCAGGCGGGAGACCAACUGAAACCGGAGUUCGUAAGAAUCAAUCCCCAGCACACGAUUCCCACCCUGGUGGACAAUGGAUUUGCCAUCUGGGAGUCCCGGGCCAUCGUCAUCUACUUGGUGGAGAAGUACGGGAAGGCCGACACACUCCUGCCCAAGGAUCCCAAGACACGGGCCGUGGUCAACCAGCGCCUCUUCUUCGACAUAGGACCUCUCUACGACGCCAUUUCCAGCUACUACUUCCCCCUCUUCCGCACCGGCAAGCUGGGAGAUCAGGAGGCCUUGGAUAAGGUCAACGCCGCCUUUGAGUUCCUCAACACCUUCCUGGAGGGACAGGACUACCUGGCUGGAAGCCAACUGACAGUGGCUGACAUCGUCAUCCUGGCCAGUGUGUCCACCAUCGAAAUGGCUCCAUUUGACCUGAAGAAGUUCCCCAACUUGGAGAGGUGGUACAAGAAUGCCCAGAAGGUUACUCCUGGAUGGGAGAAAACCUGCAGAGUAUUAAAAGCUGCAGAAGUUCGCAGAACAAAACCCUCACCAGCUGCAAACGCAAUGCCCAACAUGGAUCUCUACAACAUGCCCAUGGCUCCCGCCAGUCGUGCGAUUCAGAUGAUUGCCAAGGCCUUGGGACUUGAGCUGAACUCCAAGUUCAUCAACACAAUGGAGGGAGACCAACUGAAGCCGGAGUUUGUGAAAAUCAACCCGCAGCACACCAUUCCCACACUGGUGGACAAUGGAUUCGCCAUCUGGGAGUCCCGUGCCAUUGCCGUCUUGGUGGAGAAAUACGGCAAGACUGAUUCGCUCUACCCCAAGGAUCCCCAGAAGCGGGCUCUGAUCAACCAGAGGCUCUACUUUGACAUGGGCACCCUCUUUGACGCCGUAGCCAAGUACUUCUUCCCCCUAUUCCGCACCGGCCAACUGGGAGAUCAGGAGGCCCUGGACAAGGUCAACACCGCCUUCGGAUUCCUCAACACCUUCCUGGAGGGUCAGGACUUCCUGGCCGGCAGCCAACUGACCGUCGCGGACAUCGUCAUCCUGGCCACCGUCUCCACCGUCACAAUGUUUUCUUUUGACUUGCAGAAGUUCCCGAAUGUAGAUAGGUGGUACCAGAAUGCCUCGAAGGUUACUCCUGGAUGGGAGGAAAACCUGGAGACCCUUAAGCAGGCGCAGAAGUUCCUAGAGGAAAAAUCGCUGAGAAGAAGUAAAUGGUUAAACUAUAAUAAAUUAUUAAUAAAAUUUAUUGAAAUUACCUACUACAUAUCUGUUUAAUAUUAGAUUAUUUUA